AUGCCCCGCCCCCGCGCCCUGCAUCUCCCGUCGGCGCCGAAGCCGCGCGUGCCCCCGCGCAAGCCGCACCUGUCCAAGUUCCACCUCGACAGUGCCGCGUUCGCGCAGGCGUCCCCCGCCCCCAUAUCCGCCACACCGCCCUUCAUUCCUCCUUCCGCUCCCCAGAUCCCGCCCCGGCGGCGACCAGCGUUCUCGCCCGGCGGUUUCGGCCUGGCAUCGGCGCAGGUCCAGCGGCCCGACUCCCUCCGUCAAGCGCAGGACAAGAUGAAGGCAGCUGCGAAGCCGCAGGAGGCACAGGAGCAGGACGAGAUGCUCAUGAAGGAGGAGAACUCGGAGGCCGAGGCAUGCUACGUGCCCCCGCCUACGACGCUGCACUACCACUCCGAGACCGACCUGCCCUUGACGUACUCGCCGACUGCGCUGCCGCCCUACUCGAUAGCGUACGAGACGUGGGGCAAGUUGAAUGCCGACAAGUCGAACGCCAUCUUGAUCCACACCGGCCUCAGUGCCAGCUCGCACGUCGCGAGUGGCGGCAACGACGUCGCGGGCGAAACGGCGAGCAAGCCGGGAUGGUGGGAGGACUUUGUCGGUCCCGGCAAGAGUAUUGACACAGACCGUUUCUAUGUCAUUUGCACCAACGUCCUCGGCGGAUGCUUUGGCAGCACGGGCCCGUCGUCGCCGUAUCCCCCGGGAGACGGCCAUGUGCGCUGGGCGACCCGCUUUCCCCUCCUCAGCAUUCACGACAUGGCGCGCGCGCAGCUGUCGCUCCUUGACAACCUCGGUAUCGAAAAGCUGUACGCCUCCAUCGGCAGCUCCAUGGGCGGCAUGACGUCGCUGUCGCUCGCGUAUCUGGCUCCCGAACGCGUCGCGCGUGUGGCCAGCAUCUCCGCCUCUGCCCGUUCCGGUCUGCAGGGCGUCGGCAUGCGCUACGCGCAGCGCAGCGUGCUCAUGGCCGAUCCGAACUGGAACAGGGGGUUCUACUACGACGGCGUUCCCCCGCACGAGGGCAUGAAGCUCGCCCGCCAAAUCGCGACGAUCACCUACCGCUCGGGCCCAGAGUGGGAGCAGCGGUUCGGGCGCCGCAUGCGUUCCGCCGAAGAGGGGGCCGAGCCCCGCCUGUCCCCCGACUUCCUGAUCGAGACGUACCUCGACCACCAGGGCGAGCGCUUCUGCCUCACGUAUGACGCCAACAGCCUCAUCUACCUGAGCAAGGCGAUGGACCUGUUCGACAUGACGGCGCCGGCGCUCCAGGAGCUCGCGGACAAGUACGCCAAGAGCUACCCCGACGCCAACCCCUUCCCGUACCCCACCGACCCGGUCGGUGUGAGUGCGUCGCCCUUCCCGGGCGCUACGCGUGAUGGCAGCGAGGAGGAGCACGGCCACGGCAAGCCGAUCAAGGAGCACCGCAUCAUUCCCACCUCGAAGAGUCCCCAUCUCCACGAUCUCGCCCAGGGACUCGCGCGUCUCAAGGGCAUUCCCGCGCUCGUGCUUGGUGUUCAGAGCGAUGUGCUGUUUGAUGUUGAGCAGCAGAGGGAACUCGCAGACGCACUCAAGAUGGCAGGCAACAAGGAGGUCACAUACUAUGAGCUCGGCGGAGUUUGGGGACACGACACGUUCCUCCUCGACGUGCAGAAUGUCGGAGGAGCUAUUCGUGGAUGGCUCCACUGA